AUGGCCAAGAAGCUACAGGAAGCAGAACAGACUAUUGAGCAGCUUCAGAUGGCUACGGCGAUGGCUCGUGCUCCAGCUACAGCGUCUCUCAGUAUUGCCGAGCCAGUUUCGAACUCGGACUACAUGCAAACAUCAAAAUCUGCGACAGAAGGUCUGGUGAUGCAAGCAUUGCCUACCAGCCUAAGCCCUGGGCCGGAAAUUAUGGGAACAUCACCAUCACGUGAAGGCUAUGCGCAAGCCUUGACGGAUACUGCGCAUUCAAAAGAUGUAUUGGCGAGUGACCUAAGCAUAGAUGAGCACGGCAAAAUUUGCUACUAUGGCCCGACAUCUGCAGAUCACCAACCACUAGGGCUGGCCUCGCCGUCCACAAUGUCGUCAAACAGUGUCGACGCAUCGAAGAAGGCCGAUGUUAUGGCCAAGCUUCUUCAUCUGCAUUGGACAUGGGUUGCACCUAUGUUCAUGUGGGUGUACGGGCCGGCAGUUCGCGACAUGACGACAGGCGGCCGCUACUAUUCCGAAGUUUUGUUCCUUGUCCUCUGUGCACAUGCCUCGAAGUACCAAGAUAUCCACCAUGCCGAGCUCCUCUUUUCGCGAGUGCGAUUACUUCUUGGCGAUGCAAUACAGAAGCCUAGUUCCAUCCCGACGAUACAAGCUCUCCUUCAGUUAAGCGCUCGGGAACUGGCACAGGGAUCUAUUUCCCAGGCCUGGCUAUACAGCGGUAUGGCUUUCAGAAUGUCUGCCGACCUCGGGCUGCAGCACAAUGGCCCUGACAUCGCCGGUUUGAAGGGGCUCAGCCCGGUUGACCUUGAAAUUCGACGAAGGCUAUUUUGGAGUUGUUACUUUUGGGACAAGUGA